CCUCAGCAGGUGCAGCUCCAUUGCCGAAAGUCUCAAGUGCUACCUGUUCUCUAACAGAAUCUGCUACAGAAUCAGCUGAAACAGAAUGGAAACCCUCCUGAAGCUGGGUCUCUCUCUGCUGUGCAUAGAAAUUGCCUUAGCACUCCGGUGUAGACAAUGUCGUGGAUACACAAAUAUGAAUUGUCAUCAUAGGAUGGAAACUUGCUUUCCUAGUGAUGGUGAAUCUUGUAUGAUCCGCAGAGUCUUUUCUUCUGAUGGUGAAAACAAACUGCAGAGUGCAGAGAGCAAGUGUGUGAAAGACUGUCAAAGCAAGGAGGAUAUUUCUGAUUUUCAAACAGUGGUGACAACUUGCUGUAGUGGUUUUGACUUUUGCAAUGACAUCGAUGUGCCAAUUAUGUUACAAUAGUUUGAGGAAACUUCCAAUAGCCUCAUCACUCUCCUCCUUCCUCCUAAAUCUAUAAUACAAAAGUAUAACCCACAGUUUGUAUUUCUAUUCUGGACUAGAUGUUUUCCCGAGCAUCAGAACUUCAUGAGUCAAGGAACCUGGAGGACGCUAUAUGACCCUAUAUGACCCUAUAGCCCACCUUUUAUGCUCCGUAUUUCCUCUCUAAUAGAUAUGAACAAAAGUGUAUUCUGAGUUCUGCUCAGUGCUUUCAUCACUUUGAAAGAAAUGGUAUCAUGGAUGAGAAAACAAAAAUAAAAUAGGCAAUGAAGAGAAAAUAUGAACAUUAAUACUGUAGUCCUUCAGAAGAUAGGUAGUUCUAGUAAAAGGGAUAUAUGAAAGUACUUUAUUUGAAUUUAAAAAUCUAUGUUCAUUUCUUUCUAAGAAGUAGGUAGGAGAGUGAAUAAGGAGGAAAACACAGUGCAUCAAAACAUAGGAUAGAAGAAAGGUAAUACUAAGAUGUACUUUUACAGCAAUAAACAUCUACUUUGAAAAGAAAA